CGCUUUCCAUAUGUUUUCACUCUUCCCUGCUUGUCAUGUGAGUCCAGUGAUUGCCACAACAUUGUGAGAAUAUUGACUUCAUCCAAAACAUAUUUCAUUUUUUGUUACAUUAACGUUAAAUAGACAAAAUGCUUUCCCGCUUAUUGAAAGAACACCAAACGAAACAAAACGAACGGAAAGAGUUGCAAGAGAGACGAAGACGAGAGGCCAUAACAGCUGCAACAUGUUUAACAGAAGCCCUGGUGGAUCAUCUAAACGUGGGGGUGGCGCAGGCCUACGUCAAUCAGCGCAAGCUGGACCAUGAGGUGAAGACGCUGCAGGUUCAGGCCAGUCAGUUCUCCAAGCAGACGGCCCAGUGGAUCAGCAUGGUGGAGAACUUCAACCAGGCCUUAAAAGAAAUCGGAGACGUGGAGAACUGGGCGAGAAGUAUCGAGAUGGACAUGCGGACGAUCGCGACAGCUCUGGAGUACGUGCAUAAAGGCCCGGUUCAGCCCGCGUCCUCAUGAGUGGAUUGACUGAAACUCAAAGGCUUUUCCUUUGAACUUGAACUUGGACUCUGUUGUUUGAGACAUUUGUGUCUCAUUUAUUCUAGUAAAGAACUGCUGGAAUAGUUUAUCUAUAAUUUGGUUCAAUUUUUUUUAUUCUCGUUUUAUGUAAUAUCAAUAUGCGUGCGUAAUAAAAACAAAUACUUGUGCUAUAA